AUGGUGGUCCUCAUAACCGGGCCCACGCCCACCUCCAUCGGCGGCGCGACAGCCCUCGAUCUCGCCUCGCUGCCGGCCACGCACCAUCCCUCCCCCCUUAUCCUGGCUGGCAGGAAUCCCGCCACAUUGGAGACGAUCACCGCAAGCGUCGCCGAGAGGGCACCCGCCCUUCGGGUCAGACCUGUGGUCCUGGAUCUUGCGAGCCAGGAGAGUGUGCGUCGCGCGGCUGCGGAGGUCCUGGCAGACACUAGUGGCGUGGGUGUCAUCAUCAAUAAUGCGGGGGUGAUGGCUUGUCCGUAUGCCACGACGGAGGAAGGGGUGGAGUUGCUGUUCGGGACGAAUCAUGUGGGGCAUUUCCUGCUCACGGAUCUGCUAAUUCGGGGGAUGCUGGAGCGGACCGGUAACAGGGGGAAGGUUGGGGAGGUGGUGAGGGUGGUCAAUGAUGGAAGCGUUUACGACAAGUGGCAGGCUCAUGGGCAGAGUAAGACGGCGAAUAUGCUGUUUUCCGUGGCUUUGGCGGAGAAAAUCGGAGAUCGUCGGGUCAUCUCGUUUAGUCUCUACCCUGGGAGGGUCCUGUCGGGCAUCGUGAGGCAUUUGGUGUUGGAGGAAUUGGUGAAGGCUGGAUGGAAGACUGAGGAUGGAAGGGUCGUUGAUGAUCCCAAGUUGAAUUGGAGAUCCUUGAGCCAGGCAGCCACGACGUUGAUUGUGGCCGGGUUUGAGCCGAGUAUUGCUGCAACGGGGUCGUACCUGGUCAAUAGCCAAAUUGCUAGUGACCAGGCUGCUGCGUAUGCUUUAAGUCGAGACAACGCGGAGAAGCUGUGGGUUCUCACGGAGGAACUGGUCGGGGAGAAGUUCGACCUUUGA